CCAUGAGACGCAAGAUUGUUCCUAUAUAAAACAUGGCUCCCCAUUCUUCAAACCAUAAUAAUAUCAGACUCAAAACCUUCACAUACCCAAACAAAACAAAUAAAAUAGAAAGAAGAAGAAGAUAAUCCUCUUUUUCUGUUUGGUGAGAGAUGGGAAACAGUCUAAGGUGCUGUUUGGCUUGUGUUCUUCCUUGUGGAGCACUAGAUUUGAUCCGAAUAGUACACUUGAAUGGGCACGUAGAAGAAAUUACACGGCCAAUCACAGCUGCUGAGGCUCUCAAAGACUACCCAAAUCAUGCUUUAAGUAAACCCUGUUCCCAUGGAAAUAACAUGGUUCGUCGGAUUUUGAUCUUGUCACCUGAAACAGAGCUCAAAAGGGGUAGCAUUUAUUUCUUGAUCCCAGCCACGUCGAAGAAGAAAACUUCCAUUAAAAAAAAACCCAAAUGUAAAAGCAAGAAAUUAUGUCGUCAUACCAAUAUAUCAGCAGAUCAUUGUGAUUCAUAUAUUACAUCGGAGAAGAAGUCGUCGUCCCGUCAUGAGCGCCGGAGAAGUGGAGUCACUGUAUGGACGCCUCAUCUUGAGAGUAUUUAUGAGGAUUAAUUAAUGUGUUUGGUAUUUUAAUGACUUUUUCACUUUCAUAUCAUAGCUUUUUGACGAGGGGUAAAUUCCUUUUUCUCUCAUCUGUGUAGAUAUGCUUUCCUGUUUAUGUAAUUUCGCAAUAGCAGAUUCGGGGUUUGAGAUAUUUCGCCCCACGAAUUUUAUAAGAUAGAGAUGGAUAUUGAGUUUGAUCAAUGUGUAAUUUAAAACAAGUAAUUGAUAUAAGGCGGAAAAAAAAGAAAUCUCUAUUUUUCACCAUUUGUUG